CACUGCUCCAACAGACGUCGAGCGCAGUCGAGCACUUUCGUGAUCCUAUUUGCGCGAUCGCACCCCUACAGUCGCUGUACCCAAGCCGCCCAAGCCUCGAUGCUCUGUAAGCUAGUACUGUGUGCCCGUAGUGUGUUCCGCUGAUCCUCAUGCGCGGUUUUUCUUAGCUCGGAAAAAAAAAAUUGAAGCAUGAGGAGCGGAUUUCACCGAGUCGAGCUGAACAAGACGGUAUGGGAGGUUCCCGUCCGCUACAACAACCUUUCGCCCAUCGGCGUCGGCGCUUACGGACAAGUUUGUUCGGCAUUUGACAAGGAGCACAAGCACAAAGUGGCCAUCAAGAAGUUGUCACGGCCCUUCCAGUCUGCCAUCCAUGCCAAGCGCACCUAUAGAGAACUGCGACUCCUCAAGCACAUGGACCACGAAAAUCUGCUCUUCCUCGUUUCCUGGUUGCAAGGCCCUUCCGACCUCAUCACUAGUUAUAGGAGGAGUUCCUGUAUCCUGUUCAUUACUGUUUCUAAUGGAGGUAUCCUGACUCCUCCGUGUACUGUACUGGUGAUAGGCCUUCUCGACGUGUUCACACCCUCAACUACACUGGAGGACUUCCAUGAUGUGUACCUGGUGAACCAUCUGAUGGGUUCUGAUCUGAACAACAUAAUCCGGACUCAACGAUUGAGUGACGACCAUGUUCAAUUUCUCGUCUACCAGAUUCUGAGGGGGCUGAAGUACAUCCACUCGGCUGGCAUCAUCCACAGGGAUCUGAAACCAAGCAAUAUUGCGGUGAAUGAGGACUGUGAAUUGAAGAUCCUGGACUUUGGCCUGGCGCGCCAUGCGGAGGUGGAGAUGACUGGCUAUGUGGCCACACGGUGGUAUCGAGCACCCGAAAUCAUGCUCAACUGGAUGCACUACAACCAGACAGUGGACAUUUGGUCAGUGGGCUGCAUCAUGGCUGAGCUCAUCACAGGCAAGACACUGUUUCCUGGCAAUGACCACAUCCACCUUCUGAACAUGAUCAUUCGGCUCUUGGGCACCCCAUCCGAGGAGUUCCUCGAGAAAAUUAGCAGUCUCAGUGCAAGGAACUACAUCCGCAGCCUGCCUGUCAUGAAGAAGAAGAACUUUGCUGAGGUGUUCCAGGGGGCCAAUGAGAAAGCCAUUGACCUGCUGGAGCGCAUGCUGGAACUGGAUGCUGACAAGCGGCCCACUGCCACUGAGGCUCUGGCACAUCCGUACUUGGCCAGCCUGGCGGACCCGUCAGACGAGCCAUCAGCUGAGCCCUGCGAUCAGUCCUUCGAGGAUCGUGACCUCAGUGUACAUGAGUGGAAACAGAUGGUGCACAAGGAAGUGGUGAUGUUCCAGCCCAAGCUGCGCCAGAUCAGCGCCGGCAUCUCGGGCCUCGCCCAACACCUUCAGCGCAAAGCGAAGGUCCCCUAGGCUUCCCUGUCGGGGCAUCGAGUGGCGAUGCCUGUAAGAGUGCUUUGACUGUUAGAUGAAUAGUGUGCUCGUGUGUAAAGAAAGACAUUAAACGAGCGCGUGGUGGCGCACGCAGCUCCGCACCUGCCAUCGUGCCCUUUAUAUGGAGG